UUCGUCCUCCGUCGGACUCCUUUCUGUGUUGCACACAACAAUGUCCGCGAGCAGUAAAAUGAUUUGGGAUUCAGUUUUGUGGAGCGUUACUGAUGUUGUGUGGUCCUCUUUGGCCUUUGGGUUCCUGUUAGCUCUCUCUGCUCACACAGUCUCUCAGUACCUGCCGGGAGGACGAGAGAAGAGCCGUUUUUACGUCAUAUUUCAGGAUCUGAUCCGGUACGGGAAAACCAAACAACACCGGAAACGGGACGACUGGCUGCGAGUGUUUGACGUCCCGAAAAGGUGGUUCUGGCAUUUCUACGCCGUCUCUGUCGGCUGGAACAGUUUCCUGUUGGUGUUAUCUCUGAGCCUCACAUUCAAACAUCAGUCGUACCCGUCAUGGCUGACUGGACUGUUGGACGCUAUGACAGGUGUGCCGAGCUCGGACAUUGCAGUCCCUCAGCUCACCACUCUGCUGGUGCAGCUGCUGCUUGUCCUCCACUCCCUCCGGCGGCUGCAGGAGUGCCUGUUUGUCAGUGUUUUCUCUGAUGGAGCCAUCCACCUGGCACAGUAUUUGUUUGGUCUGGUUUAUUACGUCAUCCUUGGGCUGACUGUGCUCGGAUCAGACCGUGUAGGAAAAGGGUCUGGACCUCUGCUCUCACAGCUGGAGUGGUUUCAUGUGGUUGGAGGUGUCGUUUUCAUCAUGGCGUCGUUGAUGCAGCAUCAGUGUCUGGUCCAUCUGGCUGGGCUUCGAAAGGGGAAGUCAGGAUCGGUGGAGACGCUCGCUCACAGAGUCCCAGAGGGCGGCUGGUUCGAGCUCGUGUCCUGUCCUCAUUACUUUGCGGAGCUGCUGCUGUAUGUGGGACUGAACCUGAUUUAUGGAGGUGUGUCCCUCACCUGGUGGCUCGUCUUCCUGUACGUGCUCUUCAGCCACGCUCUGGAGGCUCAGCUCAGUCACGAGUUUUACAUCAGCAAGUCUGAAUCAUACCCAAGGAGCAGGAAAGCGUUCAUACCUUUCGUGCUGUAAGUAAUCAUCGCCUGUGUCUCCUGCUCUCCUGUGAAGUCUUGGGAGAGCUGUGAAAGACAGGUAAGAUGUGAAGGUGUUAAAGGGAAGACUCCGCUCGCUCACAGAGAUGAUGGACGGGACGCUCUCAAUCAGGUGAAGCAGCUCAUCAGACGGCAGCUGGCAGCACUACAGUGUGAGACGUGACAGUGCUGCAGAAACAUUCCUCCAGAGCUGGAUUCACACGUGUGCACAAAACUCCUAAAAACUACAUGUGAGAACGAUAACAGCUUAACGUUACACCUGACUUAGGGGAGAGCUGCAUGUGAGCAGGCGGGGUGAUGAGGUUUAUGUCAUGCAACUUGAGUGACACAUCCAGGAUGAAUAAAAACAUCUGAGGAUGAAGAGGACUUGUUAACAAGACGAGAACAGCAAACACGUCUGCACAUCCAUUGGUUUUUCACCUUGCAAUGAAAUAAAUAUGCAAAUAGUC